AUUAAGUCAAAAAUAUGGUCAAAUGAAUUUAUAGAUUUGCGUAGUCUCUUGACGCACCAAGAGGAAGACCCAGUGACCUUACUGAUCACACCAGGGGUAAUAAAUUUGCAACAUAGUCAAAAGUCUAAAACACCUCUGUCCAUCAACCAAUGGACAGAUGCGUUUCUGGUUUUUACGUGUAUCGUUAUACAACAGAAACCCACUGAGGCUCCCCACCUGCUUAAGUACAUGUCAUUCAUAAGGGAGCUACAAAAACUUCAUGGGGAUUCAGCGUGGCGAUCAUACGAUGAGUCUUUCAGGAAGUUAAGGGAGACAGUAGACCUUCCAUGGCAAAAGCCAGUGGAGGAACUACGUGGUAAAUCAUUAGCUGUUUCCACAAAACAAUCUAAUGGGCAGCCUUUUCGUGGGAAACAGGUGGGGAGAAUCGGUGGGGUCAGAUUCUGCUUCGCCUAUAACCAAGGUAACAAAUGUAAGUCAACCCCCUGUCCAUUCACCCACAUUUGCCAAGCCUGUAGAGGUAAUCACCCCAAAAUUAAAUGUAAAUCUACAGAAAAAUCUGAACAUGAUAGGACCUCUCCCAACCCCAGUAAAGGCAAACAAACUAAAUGACCAUUUAAGGGGUUAUGAUGACCAAUUGAGAGAUUAUUUGGUAAAAGGUUUCAGUUUCGGAUUUUCCCUGGGAUGUGAAAACACUCCUACAGCGUCUUUGUCAAAAAACCAUAAAUCAGCUCAAAAUCACCCAGAAAUCAUACAAGAUCACAUACAAAAGGGCCUUGAGCUCCAUCGUAUAGCAGGACCUUUCCCAAACCCUCCUUUCGACCCAUUUGUGUCAUCCCCUUUAGGUGUCAUACCAAAAUCAGAACCAGGAAAAUUUCGUAUUAUUCAUGAUCUUUCCUAUCCAAAAACAAAUUCUGUUAACACCCAUAUUCCAAAAGAAAAUUCAGAAGUUCAUUAUGACUCAAUUGAUUGGAUUAUAAAUUUAGUGCAAACUCGUGGC